CCAACAACACCACUGCACUGCUUGCCUUUACCAUCUCUACUGUUCAAUCUUCGCUGCUAUCUAUUAUUCAGUCUGCAGUCUCGAAAAGCACACCUGCUACUACACGUUUCAUCCUUCCAGCAAAAUCGCAUAGACGAGCACACAAAGGCCAGCUUACGUAGCCUUGUCGCGACUGGCCAUCACUCCAUUAAUACGUGUAUAUCGCUGAGCAGGCGACUCUACUGAAGAGUCGCCGCCAUGUUGCGGCCUGCGACGCCGCUGUCGUUGUGUUUCCUCAUCGCUUUCGUCUUAUUGCUUCUUUCCGUCUUGUCGACGCCGGUCAUCAAGGCCAUACCGCUGGCAACCUACAAAGGCGUCAAUUUUGGCGUCUUCGGAUUCUGCGAGCCGGACAAAUGUUCUGGCAUUGUUGUUGGCUAUGAUACGACUACACUGUUCGGCCAGAAUGAGGACUUCACUCUGUCUGCAGGUACCCGUACCUCAUUGUCCUCCAUCCUGAUAGUACAUCCCGUAGCCGCGCUGCUUUGUCUGAUAUGCUUCGGUCUGGCCUUCGCUGCCCACUUCCACGCUCCAUCGCAUUCGCCGCGCUACCUUCUCGCGCUACUCAUCCUCACAUUUCCCACCCUACUCGUCACGCUCUUGGCUUUCCUAGUCGAUAUACUUCUAUUUAUCCCCCAUUUGCAGUGGGGUGGCUGGAUUGUACUCGCGGCUACCAUUGUUAUCGUGGUUGGGAUCGUCAUGACGUGCGCCAUGAGAAGGACUCUGGUAAGCAGAAGAGCACGGAAGCAACGUAUCAAUGAGAAUGCAGAUAUGAAUGGCUCCAAUUUCUAUGCCUCGCGCAUGCCCCCACCAAAUCCUCCUCCGCCAUCAGAACCUACCUUCAUGGACUCCCUACCAAGGGCGGAAUCUCCACCCCCGCUAUCCGCCGGGAAUACACUGGUCAAUUCGGACAAGGGGCCAGACUUUGCGACAUUCGACCUUCAGCAGCAAAAGAAUGACGACCGGCAGCCUCUGAAUCCCGUACGAUCAAAUUCAGACCGUGAUGAGGCGCCGGGCAGAUACUAUGGGGAUCGUGGGUUACAUGGACCAGGAAAUGGACAAGGUCCGCCGAGAGAUCAAUACGGAAAUUCGGGUCCUCUAGACGCUUAUGGCCAGCCGUUGAGACACCAGAACUCGAAUGGAACAAUGGGAUCGCAAGGCUCGAGAGGGCCCCCUCCUCCAGGCUUCUUUCGCGGUCGUGGAGGACCGCCUAGAGGAGGCCCACGUGGUGGAUUUGGCCCGAGAGGAGGUUACCGUGGAGGACCGCAAGGCAUGAGAGGACCACCGCCCCCUGGCUGGAAUGGUGGACGAGGCGGAAUGGGUCCAGGACCAAUGAUGGGCCGAGGCCAGAGAGGCCCACCUCCGAUGUAUGAGACGGAUCAAUUCUACGGCGGAGGACCACCGCCAGGUCGGAACAUGGCCCCAGCAGGUUACGGAGCUGCAUACACAGAGCCCCGAGAUGUAUCGCCACCGCGUGACUACAUGCAAGACACCGGCCCUAUCGGACAAGCGAUCGAGAUGGAUGCCGUCAAUGGUGUCGUGCCACCACGCUCACCUAACGGCCCUGGCUACGGUCUGAGAGACAGUGACGGAGACGUACAGGGCAUGAUCGGCCUUCAACAACAGAGACUGGCAAACGAUCUUCCGCCGUUAAGACCAGAUGAGGGAGUCGCAAGCCCGACGAGUGAAUACUCUUCUCGUCAAUCAGAAUUCGUUCCUGCCCGCGCAGCAUGGAACGCUCCUUCUCAGCAGCAACAGCCGGUUCCACCUCAGCCGUUCCGCAACGAGCCAUCGUCGGCGCGCGGCCUCUCUCCAAUUCAAGCUUCGCCCAUCGAGCUAUCCGCAGGCACCCCGAUGAUGGCCCAAUCCAAAUCUCCCCCGCAGGGAAGCAGACAAUCUACCGACUACUAUGAGGACGUAGACCCUCGCUUUGCCCCAGAAACCACUUCGCCAACCAAAAUAUCCUCCGGCCUCGCAUCUUCGGUCGCUCUUCCAGCCACACUGGCGCCCUCCCAUCCUCACCAACUUGCCCCGCAACAAGUCGCCCUUGACCCUUCGUCGUCCUAUGAGGAGCUUGCCGAUGGCGCUCGCUCGCCCGCUGCUUCCGAUGCCUCCCAUUUCACGUCCGUGUCCCAACGGCCUGUGAAUCCAAACUGGGCACCCCCGCCAGGAGAGUACCCACCGGGUCCGUAUGGACAUCAGUCAGCGAUGCAGAGCGCGCGACAGCCGCAGCGAGAAGACUUACUCGCCGCUAAUCCGGACUUUGGGCUACCGGGUGUUGGGCCUCCAGGACGCGGUGGAAGAGGUGGUGGACAUAGGGGAAGAGGUGGUGCUGGGCGGGGUGCAUUUGGGCAGAGCGGACUGACGCCCGCUGGGAGAUAUCCUGGACCAAAUGCGUUCUAGCCGCAAGGAAGAUAACAGGGGGACAAUGCGAUAUUAUGAUACCCAAAACUUACAACCUGCGCUUUUACGGAUGGCCGCAUACUGCAGACGACGCUUUCAUGGCUGGUCUAAGUCUUUCUACUUGGCGAAUAUUGUUGUUUUCGGCGUCCUUUUCUGGAUUCUUUUACCACGUUU